CCCCCCCUGACAAUAACAUGCCAUCCACAACAGCCCUCUACACCAGCCGCCGACGCGUCUUCGGCUCCAUCCUCCCCCCCGCGUCCCUAGAAGAUUUCCCGUCCGCGGGCCUCGCAGCCGGACCAACGACCUCCAGCCUCUUCUGCAACUUCUCCUCGAGCGUGAAGUCUCGCGAUAGCUCCUCGCAAUUCCGCUCCUCGAUCGCAUCCGAUAAAACCGACGUCGACGAGCCAUGGUUGGACCAAGCGACGUGGGAUCGGGCCUGGCAGGCCGCGACGGCGUUCCUGUCCAUUCCGGAUUGCGGGUUCGAGGUGCUGCUCCGAUAUGAAGCGAUCGGGGAAGCAGAGUUCUUGCGACUGUCGAAUCGGGAUCAGAAGCCGUCGCGGGAGGUGCUGGAGGCGCUGGCAUACUUGAUGAAGGCGAUUACGAUGGGGGUGGAGGGGGAGGGCGAUAUGCAGAAUUUACUGGAGUGGUAUGGGUAUGAGAUUAAGAGGCACUUUUUGAAGAAUUUUAGGGGUGGGCUGUUCAAGCUUCUGAAUCAUCCUGAGAAGGACGGUUUGCUGGAGAAGAUUGUGCAUUGUUUGCAGCUGACGAGGAGGAUCUACUUUGCGCCUCUGGUGGAGUUUCUGCUGCCGCUGUUGGAUGGCGCGGAGCAGGAGAGCGUGUUUGUCAAAUUGCGCAGGUCGUUCCAUAUGAUGAUUGCGUAUGCGUUGCCGUGGUCGUUGAGGUCUACGCUGCUGACUCGGGAGAUUACCACGGAAGCGUUGGUUAUACUGGGGAUCGAUACAUUGAGUGAGGAGGAGGAGGAGGCGGAGAGCGUUGAUAAUAUGGAGGUCGAUCGGCGAUAUUCGGUCUCGUACCAGGAUUGGCGCGAUGAGCCGUCUAUCGCCGUCCGAAUGCAGUUGAUGACCGAGGAGGACGCGCGGGUCAGUGCAGCUCGGGAACGCCUGUUGGGGCUCUUUGAUGGACUACAGCUGGUCGGGAUGGGCGGUGACAGGGCGCAAAAGGUGUUUGCUAGUGUGAUGGAUACGAUGCUGAGCGAGUUUGUUCGAGCGGCGUACACCGGACAGUGGGAGGGGCCGUCAUUUGUGUCCCACCAUCUGCGGCACUGGAUUGAGAAUGUGUUUGCGCGCUUGGUCGUGCAGGUCCUAGCGAUUAUUAACGCGCCAGAUUCUGGGGUCAGGGAACCAGACUGCCUGGAUGUGAGUCUGAGUGAUGUGGAGAAGUGGCAGGAAAUAGGGAUUGCUCGCUUGGGGGCACUUCGGACGGGCGAGCUUUUUGAUAUCAUCGUCGAGUGGCCUGCGAGCAGUGGAGCGAUUGAAGAUUUACGGCACUUUACUACGUACCCAGCAGCGCGGUCUCACUUGACACACUCGUUUAUUGCCGUUCUGAAUCAGCGAUUGUUGCACCCGGGUGCUUCUACAGUCGAGAUUCUGCAGGUGUACAUUUCGAUUAUCCGGGCAUUUAACCUGUUAGACCCUAAGGGGGUGCUUCUCGACCGAAUUGCUCGGCCCAUUCGCAGAUAUCUUCGUGAUCGCGACGACACGGUCAAGGUUAUUGUUGGCGGACUUUUGGCUGAUCCGGCCGAGGCGGAUGGACAGACGGCUUCUCAUACAGACACGCUGGUGGAGCUGUCGGCCGAACUGACCAAAGCACAUCAGAACUCUCUGCGGGCUGACAGUGGCGAGCUAGACUGGGACGACAUGAACUGGGUUCCUGACCCGGUCGACGCGGCACCAGACUACCGCAAGUCGAAGACAUCUGAUGUGAUUGGAAGUCUGAUCAGUCUGUUCGAGUCCAAGGAGAUGUUUGUCAAGGAGAUGCAGAGCAUGCUGGGCGAGCGGCUACUACAGAAGCGCGCCGAAUUCGACCAGGAGAUGUCCGUCCUUGAACUUCUCAAGGUCCGCUUUGGUGACAAUGCCCUGCAAGCAUGCGAGGUCAUGCUGCGGGAUAUCUUCGACUCCCGUCGCGUUGAUGCCGUCAUCCGCAAUGACCAAGGACUGGAUGGCAAGCACUCCAGGCAACUGCCAGCUACCCCUGACGGUAGAAGGGAACCAGAGGACAUGCCCGAGCUGCAUGCCAAGAUUCUCUCCCACUUCUUCUGGCCGGAGCUCCAAGGACCGGAGUUCAAGGUGCCAGAGGAGAUUUCUGCCCUGCAGCAGCGGUAUUCGCAAGGAUUCGGGUCGUUGAAGCAAUCGCGCAAGCUCACCUGGUUGAACGGGCUGGGCCAGGUCACCGUCGAGCUGGAUCUCGAGGACCGCGUGUUUGUGGAUGAGGUGACCACCUGGCAGGCCACGGUGAUCUACGCGUUCAAUUCGGAUGCGUCGACGAAGACGACGGACGAGCUUGCCAGUGAACUCGGGAUGUCGGCUGCUCUGGUGCGUAGCGCAUGUCUCUUCUGGGUGAGCAAGCGCAUUCUCGUGGAAGUGCAACGCGAUGUGUUCCGAGUGUUGGAGGUCCUUCCAAGCGAGGAGGGUGAUGCAACAGGGGACACUGGUGCAUCGGGGGCCGUUGAUGCAGAGGACCAGUCUGCGGAGACCGCACAAGCCGCCGCCGAAGCUGAUGCAGCCGCGGCAGCUGCUGCGAAGGAAUCAGCCGAAGCGGCGGCCAUGGAGAAGAUGAAUCUAUACUGGCAAUUCAUCAUGGGCAUGCUGACCAACCAGGGCGCCAUGCCCCUGCAACGAAUCGUGAUGAUGUUGAAGAUCGCCGUCCCUGGAGGAUUCCCAUACAGCAACGAAGAGCUGCGCGAGUUCCUCGCCGGGAUGGUAUCCAAGGGGAAGCUCGAGAUCGUCAGCGGGGGAAAUUACAAGAUGGUGCAGUAGACAUCACGAUCAAUACAAACAAUCAUAGCAUCUACUCAGCAUCCAACGGAGCCACUGGCG